AUGGCCAUUGAGCGCCAGACCUCGUCACUCCCACCGGCUCAGCCCAGCUAUAUCCUCCGUGGCCAUGCCUCGCAGAUUCACAGCGCCCAGUUUGUGCGGCAGAACAGUCGUCUGCUAACCGGCGAUGCUGACGGCUGGGUCGUGUACUGGAAGCUGGAAACCAAACGCGCGCUAGCGCUACGCGCCGCAGACGAAGACACGUUAUCGACUAUACUGCCUACAGAACAAGCAACAGAACAACGACCAAAGCCAUGGUUAUUACAUACGCUUCCUGUCAACACUCUAAACUUCUGCGCCUUCUCCAUGUGCUACGAGCAUAGAAGAAACAGGCAACAGCUAGACAAGGCGAACUUGACAGAUGGCUGUGCACCACUAAAUCUGUCCAACGAAUCCAUUCUUACGGCUGUACCAGCCAGAGACGAUAAGAAGAUUGAAGUAUAUCGAUUCCCCGACGAGAAGCUCAAGUUUAUUGUCCCAAGGGCACAGUCGACAGAUACAGGAAUGGUCAUGGCCGUGAAGCUCGUAUACCAUCCGACUUCGAAUAGCAUUCUAGUACUCGCUGGAUACGAAGGAGGUCUCACCGCAGUACAUAGGUUGCCCCAAAACCAAAGUGGCUCAGCCAUAGAGCUGGCACAACUCGUAUACUUGAGCCGACCCCACACCCAGCCUGUCCUAUCACUGGAUGCUUCACCAGAUGCCACCAAGUACUUUACCUCAUCUGCUGAUGCCAUCAUCUCUGCACAUCGUAUACCGGAGCUGACGAAUGAGCUUGAGGAACAGGAUGAUCUUUCGGCAUUCGAGCAAGGAAAGAUUACUGAUGAGGAUCAAGCAGCAAUUGUUGGCAACGAGCCUGGAUCUGAAACACCUUCGCUCGCGCUGCAAUCGAACCAGCCGCCUUUAUUGGCAGCACACGAUGGGCAAGCCCAAGAAGACCCAUCCGCACCCUUGAACUUCUCAAAGAAACCAUCCGUUUCCUCCUCUCAAGCGCAACUGUCCAAGCCCGCAGGUCUCUCCUCGCUUCUGUCGCCCACCUCACCACAAGACAAAUACAAACCUCCUCCACCGGCUGCACCUACAGUGACCAUACAGCCAGCAUACAAGACCAUUGACACCAAACAUGCCGGUCAACAGUCCCUAGUUGUCCGCUCAGACGGUCGACUACUCAUGACGGGAGGCUGGGACACUCGCAUUCGUAUCUACAGCGCCAAGUCGCUAAAGGAGGUCGCACAGCUGAAGUGGCACAAAGAGGGCGUGUACGCAGUAGGGUUUGGCGAGAUGCUACAAGUGCAACAUCUCACGAGGGAAAAAGAAACGGAUGAUCAAGCAGAAGAGAUUGUGAAGCGAGAAACUGGACUCGGAAAGCUACAACGACAGCGAGAAGAACAAAUGCAGCUGAAGCACUGGGUCGUUGCUGGAGCCAAGGACGGCAAGGCCAGUCUUUGGGAAGUCUUCUAG